GUCACGCCAAGGAGGCCUCAGACAACUCAGGCAAGAAGGAGGCAACCCCGCCACCUGUAUCGGUUACUCUACUUAUUUUGUUGAGUAGAAGAUGUUAUCCAAGGUGGAUGCUAGAAGGAAAGUAGGUGAGGAUUCGGGGGCGGGUAAGUUGUUAAAUGAUAUUGAAACCAUUAGUAAAGCCUUGUAUUUGGAUAAAACUCGGCCUAGAAGUUUGCUUUCCACUGUUAGUAGUCGAUCUAAAUCAGUUGGAAAAAUCCCAUUGCCUGAGCCAAAAUCCAAGAGUAAUAAGGAUGAUAAGAAGGAUACAGUCGAAAAGGAUAAGAAGUCUAUUUGGAGUUGGAAGGGUUUAAGGUCUUUAACUAACGUCCGAAGCCGUAGAUUUAACUGUUGUUUUUCUCUUCAAGUACAUUCAAUUGAAGGGUUGCCGGUAUUUUUUGAUGACCUUAGUCUUCUUGUCCAUUGGAAGAGGCGGGAUGGCGAGUUGAUGACUCGUCCUGUUAUGGUUUUUCAAGGGGUAGCUGAGUUUGAGGAACAGUUGACACAUUCGUGCUUGGUAUAUGGUAGUAGGAGUGGUCCUCAUCACUCAGCUAAGUAUGAGGCCAAAUAUUUCUUGUUGUAUGCUUCGGUUUAUGGCUAUCCAGAGCAAGAUUUAGGAAAGCAUCGGGUUGAUCUCACGAGGCUGCUUCCUCUGACACUGGAGGAGUUAGAGGAGGAGAAGAGCUCAGGGAAGUGGACAACUAGUUUUAGAUUAUCAGGUAAGGCUAAAGGCGCACUAUUGAAUGUCAGCUUUGGGUAUGAAGUUAAUGGGGAAAAUAAGAGUAAGGAUGUAUCCGAGUUGCGGAGCUUAAGGCAGCAGAGCAUGAGCAAUUUGAAGCACUUGGAGCUAAAUGAUGGCCAUGAGUUGAACACGAUACGUCGAACGGGUAGCCUUCCUGCAAGGUCUUCAACCUCAGAGAAAUCUGUUGAAGAUAUAAAGGAUCUUCAUGAGGUUUUGCCCAUAUCAAAUUCAGAUUUAUCAGAUUCAAUAUCAGUUCUGUAUCAGAAACUUGAUGAAGAGAAAUUAAAUGUUCCAUUUGCACCUGUUAAACCAGAAGUUAAUGUUUUUCCUGAUCCUGUUGAGCUUGUAAAGCCAGAUACCCAUUCCUCAUCUGAUGCCUGUGUGGAUAAUGAUGAAAAUGAGUUCGAAGUUACUGAAGUCACUAUCACAGAUCAAGGGGCAGAAUUACCCUCUAAUGAACAGGAGAAAGCAAUAGAGGACACUGGGAAGCCUGCUCAUGAUUGUGCGGGAGAGGGUGCUCAAAGCAAUGGUGCUGAGGUAGUGCCUGUGGAAGAAACCCACCAUCAUUCUUCAGUUGGGGGUCAGGAAAGAGAGCUUUUGACAAGUGACUGCAAAUCUAGAGAGACUGAUGUCUCAGCCAAAGAAUCAUUGUUGAAAGAAUUGGAGUCAGCGUUGAGCAAUGUCUCAGAUUUAGGGAAAGAAGGAUUAGAUUCGCAAGACGAAAGUGAAAGUUCAACUCCAGGGAAUCACCUGGAGCUUCAAUCUAGUCAUAGAGAGCUUAGGAAGGGAAAGUCACUCAGUUUGGAUGAUGUUGCUGAAACUGUAGCUAUUGAUUUUCUGGAUAUGCUAGGUGUGCAUAGUCCAGUUGGCUUGAGUUCUGAAAGUGAGCCUGAAUCCCCAAGAGAGCGCCUGCUGAGGCAAUUUGAGAAGGAUACUCUAGCCAGUGGGUGUUCCUUAUUUAAUUUUGGUAUCGAUGAGGACGAACCAGAGGUAUGUUAUGAUGCUGCAACCGAGUCAGAGUGGGGUAUGUUUUGCAAGAAUUUUGAUCCCUAUCCGAUGGUACAUACUUCUGAAGCGAUGCCUAAGAUAGAAGGAGAGCCAACGAGAAAUAAAACAAGAGCCUCUGUGUUAGAGGACUUGGAGACAGAAGCUCUAAUGCGUGAGUGGGGCAUGAAUGAAAAAGCCUUUCAACAUUCUCCACCUAAUAGCUCUGGGGGGUUUGGAAGUCCAAUUGAUCUGCCUCCUGAAAUUCCUCAUCAGCUUCCUAACCUUGGGGAGGGCUUAGGCCCUUUUGUUGAGACUAAAGAUGGAGGAUUUUUGCGCUCAAUGAAUCCUGUGCUUUUCAGCAAUGCUAAGAGUGGAGGAAGCUUGAUUAUGCAAGUGUCUAGUCCAGUGGUGAUGCCUGCAGAAAUGGGAUCUGGUGUCAUGGACAUACUUCAGCAUCUGGCCUCUGUUGGAAUUGAAAAGCUCUCAAUGCAGGCAAAUAAACUGAUGCCUUUGGAAGAUAUUACUGGAAUGACAAUGCAACAAAUAGCAUGGGAAGCUGCACCAAGUUUGAAUGGACCUGAGAGUCAAGAUUUGCUGCAGCAUGAAUCUGGAUUUGGACAAAGCAUAUCUGGUGAGCAUGGAAAUAUCAAAGCAAAAACAUCCGGACCAAGGGUUGGUAAGUCCGAGGUAAAUCCUGUUGGCAACCAGAUGGACAUGGAGUAUGUCUCCUUAGAAGAUCUUGCUCCUUUGGCCAUGGAUAAAAUCGAAGCCCUUGCAGUUGAAGGGUUGAGAAUACAAUCUGGCUUGUCGGAUCAGGAUGCUCCGUUAAACAUCAAUGCCCAACCGAUACGUGAAUUUUCGGCCUUUGAGGGGAAGAGGGGCAGUUCUAGUGGGUCCUUAGGUCUGGAGGGAGCUGGUGGGUUACAACUGUUGGACAUUAAAGACAAUGGUGGUGAUGUUGAUGGAUUGAUGGGCUUAUCUCUAACUCUAGAUGAAUGGAUGAAGCUGGACUCUGGUGAGAUUGAUGAUGGGGAUAAUAUCAGUGAGCAAACGUCUAAAUUACUUGCAGCUCACCAUGCCACAGGCUUGGACGUGUUUCGCGGAAGGUCAAAGGCGGAAAAGAGAAGGGGAAAGGGUCGAAAUUGUGGUUUGCUGGGGAACAAUUUUACUGUUGCAUUGAUGGUGCAGCUACGUGAUCCUUUAAGGAAUUAUGAGCCAGUUGGUACGCCAAUGCUGGCACUCAUCCAGGUGGAGAGAGUGUUUCUUCCACCAAAACCAAGAAUAUACUGCACAGUUUCCCUAGCAAGGGACACUAGUGAAGAAGAUGAUGAGACUCUGCCUGUCAAAAAAGAGGACAUCAGCGAGGAGCCUAAGGAAGAAAAAGUCCUUGAAGAGGAGCAAAUUCCUCAGUUCAAAAUCACUGAAGUACAUGUUGCAGGUCUAAAGACUGAGCCUGGUAAAAAGAAGCUAUGGGGCUCCAACACCCAACAGCAGUCUGGUUCUCGUUGGUUACUUGCCAAUGGAAUGGGGAAGAAGAAUAAACAUCCACUGAUGAAGUCAAAGGCAGGUGCGAAAUCGUCAUUGCCAGUGCCUUCUCAGGAGACAACUACAGUGCAACCUGGUGAGACUUUGUGGAGCAUCUCUUCUCGAGUUCAUGGCACAGGGGCCAAAUGGAAGGAACUGGCUGCACUUAAUCCUCAUAUUCGUAAUCCCAAUAUCAUUUUUCCAAAUGAAACCAUCAGGCUGCGCUAGAAAGAAGGGAUUUGCAUCUAUGUAAGAAGGACGAAUACAGGACUAAAUCAAAGGAUCGUAUAUCUGGGUGACACAAGUUCAAGCUAUUCUGAACUUGGCAACAUUGUGUAAAUGUGCAGCUGGUGCCAGCUUUUGUUUUGACUUGUGACAGUAGCAAUCAAACACCAGACACACUCUUUUGACUGUUGAUGGUAAAAAUUUCCCCUGUAUGUGCUGUGGAUGAGUUUAAUUAACCAAUACAAGUUCCUGCAGAAGUACAGGUAGUUUUGCGUGUGUUUUCACCUCAUUUGUACAUGUAGAAGUGUUGCAAUCAAGAUGUGCAAUGAUAUUGGUCUUUUCAGGGGAAAACGCUCAUCUUUUUCAUCUGGUUGGAAAUAUACAGUUCAGCUCUGUUUUAUUUUGUUUCA